CUCAUGUUGCAGCCAUUCUGUGCUUCUGCGGAAGAGAUACAGUGAUGGAGGUCGGGGGCCCUCUGGGGAUGCCAGUGAAUUUUGAUGAUGUGGCUGUGUACUUCUCAGAGGAUGAAUGGGAAUAUUUAGAAGAAUGGCAAAAAGAACUGUACAAAGAAGUUAUGAUGGAGAAUUUUGAGCUAGUAACUUCAGUUGGACUGCUGAUUCGAAGAACCAGUUGGUUAGAUCUGGAAACAGAGGAGUCGCCCUCACACUGGACGUGGGACGAGCACCAUGAUAAACUUGAUGAGGAACCUGAGCUGAACAUUAUAGUAAAAGAAGAAGCAGAUGAUGAGAUAACUCUGUCCCCAGGAUCUGACCAUGGCGAAUACCACUAUAGAGGUCCUGAUUUUGCUUUGGCUUCAAGCUUCCUGUCUGGCUCUCUUCAUCCAGACUCUUUCAGCUCUUCUCAGAGGCGUUUCCUUCCCAACUCAGCAUCCCAGAUGUUUACCUCAGGGCUACGGCAGGAUGAGCGAACAAGUGUAGAGCGGCCCUUCUCCUGUACAGAUUGUCACCGCACCUUCAUUCGCAAAUCGCACCUUACCAGCCAUCAGCGUACUCAUCGAGGGGAAAGGCCCUACCCCUGCGAGGUCUGUGGGAAAAGGUUUCACUACCGCCAUCAUCUAGUGGGACACCAACGUAUACACACUGGUGAAAAACUAUUUUCCUGUGAGCAUUGUGGUAUUCAAUUUAACCACAAAGGUAACUAUCAGACUCACCAGCGCUUGCACACUGGGGAGAGACCCUUCUCUUGUGAUCUUUGUGGUAAAAGCUUUAACCGUAAGGCUGAUCUGAUCACACACUGCCGGGUGCACACAGGAGAAAGGCCAUUUACUUGUACUGAUUGUGGUAAAAGCUUUAGCCGAAAACAGCACCUUGUGACUCACCGUAGGCGGCACACUGGUGAAACUCCAUUUCCAUGCGAUCGAUGUGAGCAGAGCUUUGCCCAAAGGAAGACUUUACUCAGGCACCAGGAAUUGAUUCACUCAAUGGAGCGUCCUCACAGCUGUGCCGAAUGUGGUAAAGGGUUUGCAUGCCGUUCACACCUACUGACACACCAACGUGCUCACCAAAAUGGAGGUGGAAGCUGUGGGUCUGGGGGGAAGCCUUUCUCCUGUGACCAGUGCCGGAAAAGCUUUGUGGCCCAGCCACAUCUUCAAGCCCACCAGAAAGUUCAUUCUAACCCAAAAGGAGAGAGGCCCUACAUGUGUACUGACUGUGGCAAAGGCUUCAGUAGUCGUCAGUAUUUAAGCCGACACCAGAAAAUCCACACUGGAGAACGCCCAUUUCGUUGCAAUGUGUGUGGUGACAGCUUCAUCCAAAAACCUAACUUGGAGAGACACAAGGGUAUCCACAGUGGGCAGCGCCCUUUCCCUUGUCUAGUUUGUGGGGGCAGCUUUUUUAAAAAGCACAACUUGGUCCGACACCAGAGAAUCCACACGGGGGAGAGGCUGCAUUUCAGCUGCAAAGUGUCCCAGCCAGCUGCCCAGACCCUGCUGGGUUCAGAGGAAGAGGGCAAUGAGGGGUACUUGAAUUCUGAGCAUCCCACUGAGAACCCCUGCAAGAAUGUCUGCUGCAAUCGUACAGGUGGCCGAGUGGAACAGUGAGAAGCACCAAUGUGCCAAGUGGCAGGAACUUUCACAAGGAGGACAUGGUUAGGCCCAUCCUAAUGAGACUAGCAUAGGGCACUAUGCCUACGGCACAUCCAACAAUAAAGCAGUAAUCCGAAAGGUGCAUGAUUAAAGGAGAUUACUGUGUAACUGUUGGUUUGAUGUGGUGUGGGAAAGCAGUGUCAGGAUAAGUAGCUACAAUUGUGAAGUUAAAGUGUCAGCUCUGGUGCUGUCAGAUGGCCGUACCAGGGAAAAUAACUGCUAUAGUGCCAUUGAUUGUCAGUGCCAGGCAAUGUGGCUGCUGUAGUACAUUCAUAGGGAAGUGUCAGGAAGAAUAGCUGCUCUACUGCCACCAGAGGGUGGUGCCUGGGAAAGUGGCUGCUAUGGGGCUGUCGGUGGGCAGUGCCAUGGUAACUGCUGUAGUGCAGUCUGAGGGCAGUGCCAGGGUCACCAGAGCCGGUAUAUGAUGUAGAAAGCAUAAUACACAAGAAGAAUUUAUAAGUGUGAACCUGCUAGCAUUUAAGUCCUGUUGGUACAGUUACUUGCUGGCAAGUUAAUGAGGGAGCAAGGUAGCUCAGGGACUUGCUGUGCACAACAAAAGAAUAAGCAGGCAUACACUGUGAUGAAGCUGGCACGUUGUAUCAAAGUGUUGGUACUACUUGUACACUGUAGGAUAAUAUUAAUUGAACUGGUGCAGUGCAGAUUAGUUGUAGUCUGACUAGUACACUGUGAAUCCAGGUCCAAAUUUUUAAUUCUUUCAGUGUAUCGGAACUGCUAGAGAGAUGUAUGCCCAGAAUGGCUGAUGAAACCCUUUAGAUUACAGUUCUAUGACUUAUAGACUUCCCCAAAAUCAGUACUCGCAGAGGACUUUGGGUACUCGUGACAUAUUUUGUUUUAAUGCCUCUAAUCACAGAGGCUGGUCCUGUACAUACAUGUAGAUUGGUAAAACUGUAAGUGUAUAAUAUGUAAAUGUAUAAAUGUAGUUCUGUACAGA